AUGCUAUCAAAUUUGGAUGCUCUGAUCGUUCAUUCCCCAAACAUCUGCUGUGAUGGUGAGGUGUCUGGUACUGUUCGCAAAAUAGGCCGCAAGUAGAAUAACGAGGCCCUGGGGUAGCUUGCAUAGGAUAGCUCCCAUCCAGGGAUUUUUUUAUUUCGAUAAAUCCCCACAACGCUCAGUGCAGGAUGGAACUUUGUGGUGUGUUUCUGCAACGGACGGCCAUGCUGAUCGCAGUUCUAAUUACCGGGAGCUUUGUUCUGUCAAAUUGUGCAACUAUACCGUCAACUCUAAAUUGUAUUCACAACGUUGCAAGGUGCAAAUUUGUCGGAGCUUCCGAGCGGAUACUCAAUGACCAUCAGCUACCCACAUACCAGCUGGCGAUAAGUGGGUAUGACGGGAAAUCGAAUAUCACGGUUUCAUUCAUAGACAGUGUGCUGGAGUACGUCCCCGAAUUGGUCUUUGCAUCACUUCCAAAUGUUACUGAUAUUCAGUUAACCAGGACGCAGACAUGCAUUCUGCAUGAGAGAGCUUUUCACGGGUUAGAGCAUGUUGACGCAAUUAUGAUAGCAGAAAAUCCAAUACAGGCCCUGCCGCAAACCAUCUUCCAUGGAUUAUAUACGCUACGAACACUAAAGCUUAUCGAUAUCGGCCUGACAACAGUUGCUUCCGAAUGGUUUCGUGAUCUAACUUUGAUGGAUUCCUUGAUCGUGUCAAACAAUCGCAUAACAACGUUAGAACCCAAUGUGUUUCAAUAUUGUCCAAACAUCCGGGAUUUAGAUUUAUCAGCUAAUUUAAUUGAAAGUUUGCCAGAAACGGUAUUUGAUUCACUAAGUGAUGUGGAGUCUAUAAAACUGGAUAGUAAUCGCUUGGAGAAUGCACCAGAAAAUCUGUUCUCCAACACAGGCGAUCUACGAACAAUAACUCUCAGUAACAAUUCCCUAACACUUAUUUCGCCUAUUUUACUGCGAAACCUAAGCAAUCUAGAGGAGCUUAACUUGCGUUGGAAUCAGAUAGAAGAUUUUCAGCUGCUGUUUUUCCCGUCGAUUCAACCAUUUGCCCUAGAUCUGCGAAAUAAUUUGCUCACUUAUUUUGAUCGAACCAUGCUCACUGUGCUAGAAAAUCUUGAUGCCAUAUGGCUCAAUAAUAAUCGCAUUAGUGGCAUCGCGCCUGAUACGUUUCAUGACGCGGUCAACACGACGUUGAUCGAACUCAAUGAUAACUAUCUGGAAGAGCUACCAGUGGAGCUACUGGCUGGGCUCACCCAUUUGCGGGUAUUUGCGGCUAGCAAUAAUAAAAUAAAGUCAGUCCCAGAGGAGCUAUUCCUUGAGAAUCUGGAGGUGAAGGAGAUACACCUAUCAAGCAAUUUGAUCGAAACUUUUCCAUCGAAGUUUUUCGCCGAACUUCCCAUCCUAGAGGCGUUGUAUCUCGACCGAAACAACCUCAUAGAGAUACAGGAAGAUGCUUUUGUGGAUUGUCCGAUUCUACGUGUUAUAGAAUUGAGCUAUAAUCACCUGGUCUCAAUGCCACCGCGUAUUUUUCAAAAACAGCAAGAAAGCAUUGAAUCGCUUGAGGCCAAGGCUAACCUUUUGUCAAGUAUAGAGUUUGUGAAAAACUUAAAGCAUCUCAAAACCUUAAACCUUGAAGGAAACCAAGUGAGCGAGCUGCAGGGAGGAGAAUUCAACGGCUCGUCCAAUAUAACUCAUUUGAUGUUGGCGUAUAAUCAUUUGCAUCGGUUGUCGAAUGAAAGUUUCCAAGGUCUCUAUAACCUACAGGUGUUAAACUUGUCAAAUAAUACAAUUAACUAUAUCGACCCUGAUACAUUCGUCGGGAUACGAACUCUUCAUGAGCUUUAUCUUAACGGAAAUGAUAUAGCCAGCCUACCAGAAGAUGUAUUUGUUUCUCUGGUGGCGCUCGAGAAGCUUUCGUUGCGAGACAAUGGGCUUGAACAGAUUUCAGUCAGGAUAAUACAAAACCUACCUCGUCUAAAACACCUCGAUCUAUCUAACAAUCCGAUAGCAAACAUUCCAGACCAAUUUCUUCAACGGAACAUGAACCUAGAACGACUGUCGUUAAACGAGGUACGCCUGCAGCGACUCAGUAAAAAAAUUAUACCCGAACCAAAGCUGAUGAAAUAUAUCAGCCUAGAAAGGUGCUCCAUCGUAGAGAUUGACCCGGAAGCAUUUUGGUUGUUUGGUUCGGUGUACUCAUCGGAGGUAUAUUUGCGCGAAAACGAGCUAACUAUUCUUCCGAAAGGAUUGUUCCGCACUUCUCAGAUGUUGUCAGUGUUGGAUUUGUCGUUCAAUCGUCUCACUCAUUUGAACCCGGAUACUUUUGCUUCCAAUAGCUCGUUGCGUGAGCUUUACCUGGAAGGUAACAAUAUUCGCCAGCUGGCGGCAGGAGAUUUAGCCAUUUUCCAUAGCCUCAAGAUACUGAACUUGAGAAAUAACUGUAUUGAAUGGAUUCCCGAAGGUACGUUCGAGGGGUUAGAUAAUUUGGAAAUCCUGGAUAUAGGCUACAAUAAGCUGACACAGCUACCGUUACAUGUGUUUGCCAACCUGAUCAACCUGCAAAUCAUUAGCCUUGGUGGAAUGCUGCUGCAAUCACUUGACAGGGACUUAUUUAUCAACCAGUCCAAUCUAGAGAAGGUUUUUCUACAAGAUAAUAUGUUGUAUAAAUUAGAGAACGAUUUGUUUCGGAACAAUGUUUUAAUGACGCAUUUGAGUAUCGCCAACAAUUCUUUCGCCAGCUUUCCAUUGCACAAUUAUAAACAACUUAAUGAAUCUCUGCGUUUCCUUCACAUGUCAGACAACAUGAUUGAUUCUUUCAUUGUUACACCGGCAUUAACUGAGUUAAAGGCAUCACGCAACAACAUCUCACUCAUUUUGGCAAUGGCCAAUGUGGAACCGUCUCUGGUUAACAUCGACCUAUCAUCUAAUCGGCUUUCUUCGAUGGAACAACUCAAAGAUUUUAAGCAUCUGGAGUCAUUAAAUGUAGCUCAUAAUCCGCUAGUUCUGUUUGAUUUUACACAACUAGGUGUGUUCUACAAGCUUAAUCAUUUCAACGCUUCCUCUUUGGAUGUGCCAUCGUUAAAUCUAACAACCGAUGGUAUGUUGCUACCAACAUUAACCAGCCUAGAUUUGUCCAACAAUGGGUUACUUACGGUAUCGGUAGAAUUUUUAAGAAGUUUUCCACGGCUUGCAAGUCUCUAUCUUCAAAACAAUCCCCUACGCGAUUUUAAUUAUCAAUUCUUCUUUGAAGUGUUGCCAUCGUUAAGCCUUCUUGGACUAGACCCAUGAAAAAGAAAUAGACGAAAUAGCAAGAAUCUAGGAUGGUAUACAUUGUAUAGUCUGUAAUCGGGACAUUAUAAUGAACACAAAGCUGGGUUUAAAUGCUAUCUAUUGCAUAAAUCGCAAAUAAUAUGAAAUAGGUUUAAAAAACAGAUACAUUUGAAGAGCUAUUGAAAGAAUACUGGGAUAUUUGUAAAAGAUUUAAACUGACUUAAAAUAAAACAAAACUGCAGAAAUA